GCAAUGCCCAGAGUUUCGUUCUUCUCCAAACCGGUGAUACCGGGACAACUAAAAUACAGGCUGGAGAGAAUGCCUCUAGCUAUGUACAAGGAGCGAGGUGCUCAUAAGCAGAGCUCGGCGUACAGGCUUCUCAAGAGGUCUGAGGUUCUUGGGUAUACCCGGGGAUAUACGGACAGUGCUAAACAAAGCUGGCGCAUGGCGCUGUUCCGCUACAAAUACGCAAUGAAGGGGGAGAAGAUUAAGAGGCAUGUCAGAAGAGCUAACUUGACUCAGAUGAAUCAGACGAGGACAGAGGCUGCAGCUGCAGAACAUGGCCUAUCUUUGCUGAACCUCAAACUAGGCCUUGCAAAGAGCGACGUACAAUUGAACAAUAAAAUGCUUGCGGAGCUCUCAAUUUACGAGCCAAAGACAUUUGAGUCGUUGACGGAGGUAGCAAAACAAAAACUGAACGACCCUGGGAAAGGUCUAGAAUGUAUUCUGAGACCAGACAAACCUGGGAUAGUCCACCGAACUGGUCUUGUACCCAAUCACGCAACAUUCUGUACUGGUUUAACGAAGCCAGAGUAUGCUCAGGAGAUCAGUGAACAAGUUCCCAGACAAUCUGAGAUUCCACCUCCCCACGGCUGGAGAAUCACAGGACAAUACCCUGGAAAGAACCUGGUGCGUGCUGAAAGAUACCACCUCAACCAACGCCCCAAAGCUCUGGACUACAAAUACCUGCCUACCCCACUUAAAGAGAGAGAGGAGGGAGGGGAGGUCUUCCCUGAUAAUAAACAGGGCAAGAAUUUCAAGUACUCUUGGAGGAAACAGCUUUCUGAUCCCAAAGUUUACCAGAAGAAGCCUUGGCUUCCUGUUAAGUAGGGCUUACUCCUAGUCUAAGAUAUUCGGAUGAUAUCGUCAUUAAAGAGAAACUGUCACUAGGCUUUCGAAUUUUUAUUGAGGUAAUCACUUUUUAUAUCAUGUACGUGUUAUACAAUUGAAAAAGAAAGAAAGCUCAAGAAAGUACUAAGGUUAUUGUAAGUAAAUUAAGAAAUGAUUUAUAAAAUCAUUCAUCGUUUAUUUAGAAGGCGCGUUAUCUCGCCGGUCAUAAUAACCAAAUUAUGAAAAUGGUGGCAUCAGGCAAGGUUCAUUCAUAGCCUGGGCAGUGGGCAGUGGGCCUAACUUGAUCAAAUAUUUAAAAGAGAAAAACCAUGCACCUUAUCUGUGUUUUUUGUUACAAACAACGGUCAUAGGUCAUGACGUAUGACAUAAAUACGAUAGGCAGUUAUCGAAAAGUUUAGCUUUCUGGACGACUUUCGUACCUUUAUGUUAGCUUCGUGUUGGUUCUUGUAUGUGGAUUUUGAGAAGUCUGACUGAGUUGUUUGUUAAAACAUAUGGCACUUUUAGUCCAGUCAUUUAUGUGUUUAUUCUUUUUUUGAUACGGAACUUUUAGUUUAAAUGGUGAAUCUAUAUUCUAUAAGUUUGAUAUUUAUGAACUUCAGUUUUAUAAAUUUAAUUUAUUUACCGCUACAUUUUUGAG